GGGUCACCCGACCCCACGGUCCGCCGUCUCCAGAGCCGGAGGCGGGGAGUUUGCCGGCGGACCCGAGGGAGGAGUCUGCGAGGAAGAGCUUGGCCUGGAUCCCCGCUGACUUUGGAAAACCUCAGCCUGGCUCCCCAGCCCCUUGUGAAUCUCCGAUCCAGUUUUCAAAAUGUGGCAGCUCUUGGCCACCCUCAGUUGCCUGCUGGUGCUGACCAGUGCCCGGAGCAGCCUGCAUUUCCCACCUCUGUCUGAUGAGAUGGUCAACUAUGUUAACAAGCAAAACACCACUUGGAAGGCUGGACACAACUUCUACAACGUGGACCUGAGCUACGUGAAGAAGCUGUGUGGUGCCAUCCUGGGCGGGCCCAAGCUGCCCCAGAGAGAUGCAUUUGCUGCAGAUAUGGUUCUGCCUGACAGCUUCGAUGCCCGGGAACAGUGGCCAAACUGCCCAACCAUCAAAGAGAUCAGAGACCAGGGAUCCUGUGGCUCCUGCUGGGCGUUCGGGGCUGUGGAAGCCAUCUCUGACCGGAUCUGCAUCCACAGCAAGGGGCGUGUCAAUGUGGAGGUGUCUGCUGAGGACAUGCUGACCUGCUGUGGCAGCGAGUGUGGGGACGGCUGUAACGGCGGCUUCCCCUCUGGAGCCUGGAACUUCUGGACAAAGAAAGGCUUAGUGUCCGGGGGCCUCUAUGACUCGCAUGUAGGUUGCAGACCGUACUCCAUCCCUCCCUGUGAGCACCAUGUGAACGGCUCCCGGCCCCCGUGCACCGGUGAGGGGGACACCCCCAAGUGCAGCAAGAUCUGUGAGCCUGGCUACAGCCCAUCCUACAAAGACGACAAGCAUUUUGGAUGCAGUUCCUACAGCGUCUCCAGCAACGAGAAGGAGAUCAUGGCAGAGAUCUACAAAAAUGGCCCAGUCGAGGGGGCCUUCUCUGUGUACUCGGACUUCCUGCUAUACAAGUCUGGGGUGUACCAGCACGUCUCCGGAGAGAUAAUGGGAGGCCACGCCAUCCGCAUCCUAGGCUGGGGAGUGGAGAACGACACCCCCUACUGGCUGGUCGGCAACUCCUGGAACACUGAUUGGGGUGACAAAGGCUUUUUCAAAAUCCUCAGAGGACAGGACCACUGUGGAAUCGAGUCGGAAAUUGUGGCUGGAAUGCCGUGCACUCAUCAGUACUAGAAGAUCUGAUCUGCGUGAGGGGUCUGUCUGCUGACCCAGGGCCAGUUUUCCCCUAAAUACAGCCACUUGGACUGGGGCUGAGGUGGAGGGGUGGGGGGGGUGUUAGGAUAUCUUUUAUUUUUUGAAUUAUGAUAAGAUACAAGGGAUUUUAGGCAGGGUCUGAAGAAGACUGGGUUGGGCCAAGCUGUGUGUCUGCCAUCGGGUCUGUCUUCUAAGGACACACAGCCAGGCCUGCCCAGGGACAGACUGCUGCCCCAACACAAACACACAGACACACAAGCCACUGCCGCAGCAGGGCGGACCUUUCCCUGCAGACGAACUGUGUAGUGCCUGCUGCCCCUGCUUCUGCCCUGACCACUUCUGUAUUGCCCCCCACCCCCUCUGCAUCACCAGGGAGCAAGACCUUGAAGGGUUUGUAAUUUCCGAGAGUGGAAAGCAAGAGUUCCUAGUUAGGUCCCUGCACAAGCAGGCAGCUUUCUGGAUCUGGAGUAGGACAGAUCUGAGAAGAGACAGUGGGGCAGCCCUUUGGAGAAAGCCCUAUUGUUCUCCCAGGUCUCCUGCAUCUGUCGAGCUUCGCAGCAUGGCUCACCCUCUCUGGUCCCAUCCUUGCUGUGAUCCUUUUUAAGUUUUCUUUUUGUGCACCUCGGCUAAUCAUGUGAAUGAGAUGGAAGAGCUGUACUAGUAUGGAUUGUCUCCUUCAAACUAGGCGGUUGUGACUUGACUGACCUUGCUGCCCUCUAAUCCACAGCGAAACUAGUUUGGCAGGAAGCCAGCUUGUACCUUUCACAAUCACUGCUUCACCCUGUUAAACACAAGGAAUGGCUGCCAAUAAAAAGCCUCUCCUUCCGUGUGAAGUCUGCAUUCUGGUGGCAUCUCCAAGGUUGUGUGUCACUGUCUGUGGACUUCUAGCUGCUGUCUCUCCUCAUCCCCUAGAAAGAAUCGUGUUCCCAUGAAUCUGGGUGCCCUUGAACCUCUAACCAGGAAUGUCUUGCCUCAGUUGAAUGGAACAAAAUAAACACCUAAUUUUAACUACA